AGUCGCCACGCCCCCUCCGCCGGCAGCUCCCCCAGGCGGCCGGAGGAUCUCCCGGUGUCGGAGCGGAGCGGCUGCCGCGGUCCCGGUCCCUCGCUCUCGGCGGGCAGGCGCUCGGUCCGUGUCGAUCCCGCUCGGAGACUCGGGCUCUUACCCUCGGGAGCCGCACCGAGCAGGGCGGCGAUGGCUCAGUCCCCGGGGCAGGCCGCUCUGCCCGGGGUACAGAGUUUGAAAGCAGAUCCAGAAGAACUAUUUACAAAGUUGGAGAAGAUCGGAAAGGGCUCUUUUGGUGAAGUUUUCAAAGGAAUAGACAACAGGACUCAGAAAAUUGUGGCCAUAAAAAAUAUUGAUCUUGAAGAAGCUGAAGAUGAAAUUGAAGAUAUUCAGCAGGAAAUAACGGUCCUAAGUCAAUGUGAUAGUCCAUAUGUUACAAAAUACUAUGGAUCCUAUCUGAAGGAUACAAAAUUAUGGAUUAUAAUGGAGUAUCUCGGUGGUGGUUCUGCUUUAGAUCUGUUAGAACCCGGUUCUCUGGAUGAAUACCAGAUUGCAACAAUACUAAGGGAAAUUUUAAAAGGCCUCGAAUAUUUGCACUCAGAAAAGAAAAUCCACAGAGAUAUCAAAGCUGCCAAUGUCUUACUGUCGGAGCAAGGCGAAGUUAAACUGGCAGAUUUUGGUGUUGCUGGGCAGCUGACAGACACACAAAUAAAGAGAAACACUUUUGUGGGCACUCCUUUCUGGAUGGCACCAGAAGUUAUCAAACAGUCGGCGUAUGAUUCAAAGGCUGAUAUCUGGUCUUUGGGAAUAACUGCAAUAGAGCUUACAAAAGGAGAGCCGCCACAUUCUGAGCUACAUCCGAUGAAAGUUUUAUUCCUUAUUCCGAAGAACAAUGCACCGACAUUGGAGGGAAACUACAGUAAACCCCUUAAAGAAUUUGUAGAAGCAUGCUUGAACAAAGAACCAAGUUUUAGACCUACAGCAAAAGAAUUGCUGAAGCAUAAAUUCAUAAUACGAAAUUCCAAGAAGACUUCUUACUUGACGGAGCUAAUUGACCGGUACAAGAGGUGGAAGGCAGAGCAGAACCAUGAUCAUUCCAGCUCAGACGAAUCUGACUCGGAAAGUGACAGACAAGCGUCAGGAGGAAAUGACACAAGUGACUGGAUCUUCACAAUCAAAGAGAAAGAUCCAAUCAAGUUGCAAAAUGGAGCUGCACAGCCUGAGGAUCUUAUCGAGAGGGAUCAGGUAGAAGACACCCCAAAGCACACGCUGUCUCAGUGUUUACCGACAAUUAUUUCUCCGUUAUUUACUGAGCUCAAGGAGAAGAGCCGGGCUGGAGGAGGUAAUACCGAAGCAGUGGAAGAGUUGAGGGAGGCUAUUUUCUUGGUAGAAGAGGCUUGUCCAGGCAUUUCUGACACACUCGUAUCCCAGCUCGUGCAAAGGCUACAAAGAUAUUCGUUAAGUGGGGCAGGUACUUCUUCCAAUUGAAGGUUAACGUUCGGUCCUUGCUGUCUGCAUUGAAGAGGUGCUCUGAGGGUGAUCAUUGUACCACAACUUUGCAAGGGUUGUCCAGUCACUGGCUACCCGCCUGGGCAUGCAACAUCAAAAGAUGAAGUCUCUCCGAGGAGCCAUCAGUUUGUGCUGCUUAAAGGAAUUAGUUUUUAUCAAUUUCUAUCAUAGUGCACAUUUUUCAAGUAGGGUGAAACGCCUACUGAUUAUUAUUUUUUUUGUUGUUGUUUUAAAUCCCAAAUUGUAUAUUUAGGACUGGGAUAGGGUACUGAAACCCCUGCAGCACCUCAGGUAUCCUGCUUAAAUUUGAUGGUUUUUUUCUGGGAGAUGGAGAGGUGGUUCUUGCUUCGGUGUAUAUUUGUAUAUAGAGUCAUUUUUACUUGAGAUGAAAAUCCUGAGUGCAUUAGUGGUAUAAAUUGUACAAAUCACAUCAACAACUGAAUGCGUAUGUAGAUAAUGUUUUGUGAAUGAUUCUCCAAAAGGGCCAUAAUAUUGCCUUGCUAAUUUACCUGUAAAGUUUGAUUAAUGUUCAGGUGACUUUUAUUUUAAUUGUUUCCAGAGUCUGGCCAUUUUUGGACAAUUAAUACCCAACUUGGAAAAGCUCAGAUCUCAGAAGUCAUCUAAAUAUUGCUUUCCCCUUGUAUGCCCUUUUUUUUUUAAGCCUUGGUCGAAAUUAAAUAUCUUGUUUGAAACCUGGCAACUUGGAUAAGCUAAAAGCCCCUGUCAACAGUUGCGUUUACAUCACCAUGGAAAAAGUCAGAACAACAAACUGCCAUCAAUGUUUCUUUGGUCAUUAAAUUGUUUUCUGUGGUAGUCUAAGCAAAACUAGAAGUCACUGGUUUUUGCGAUAUUCCUCUCUUUACACUCCUAGAUAAGGCAAGCUAUGCAAUUAGAAUGGUGUCUGUCCCUUUAAGAAAUAUUUUGUUAGGAUCUUCUUUGCAUGAAUGAUGCCUGAAUGCCCCUUCAAUAGGUUCAGUUUUGAACUGCCAUAAGAUGACCUCUGCAGUUGCCUGGCGGAGCAGCCUCAAUGGGCCGAAUGGUUGUCUACUGCUCCUAUGUCUUAUGGUCUUAACCAUCGAUUUCUAGGCAAGUAGGCUCGAAUGAUUAUUUUUCUGUAUCAGAAAGUGAGUUUCUCUUGUGUUUUGGAGAGCGUGCCAGCACGUGGCUUCACAUCUUUCAGACCCGGUUACAGAUGGUAACAGUUGAUCCACAGUGGCAACUUUAGGGUUUUUUGUUUAAGGGAAAGAGACUCCAGGAGCUCAACAAUGCCCAACGCAAAGAGGCCAAAUCAGACUUGGUGUGUGCCAAAAAGCAUCGAUCAGCUGAGAACUCAUGACUGCCCCACCCUUUCACUGAAAAAUUCCCCUCAAGCUGAAGAGCUCCAGAUUUUUAUACUCAGUGAUUCAUCAAUGCAGAAGCACAGUUUUCACCUUCAAUCAGAACAGGAAAUGUGUCCUCUCUGAUAAACUGAUUCAGCAGCUUGUAUCUGCGAUGUGAAGGAUGGAGAGCAGCCCAGAUAGGUAUGAGCCCUGGCGCUGGGAUUAUCUUUUGGAAGUUCAGUUUGAUGGGGCAGGCUGUGAAACCAGCAUUGCACCCGCAGCUGUCAGCUUUUCAAUGGGUGGGUUAAGUUAAACUUGUCCCCAAACUGUGAACACUGGGUUUACAGGGCACGCUGUAUCUGGUAGGUGACAUUUUGGCACAGGCUGCAUGAUUAAGAAACGUUCUGUGUCAUCACAAUGGAGGCCUCUGGAUCCUGAGAUUUUGUCAGCUGUUUUGUUAAGAGACCUUUCCCAGAGAGAAGCACAAGAAGCAAAACAGCUUGAUCAUUACACCACCGAGAAAUUGGAGAGCUGCCCAUACACCUCAUCACUUUCAUUCCCUGUCUUUGAUGUCAGUAAAGUAAAUUUAUCUGGGAAGAAAGUGGUUGAAUAUGCCUUGUCCCUCAAAAUGUCGAAGUCACGUUCAUCCUUUAGAACGGCUUAAUGCAGGAGAAAAUGCCACAGAAUGUUGUUGUCCUUUCACGUGCAACUCUCUUGGUGUUAGUGCCGCGUCAGUCCCCAGAGUCCUCAGUGUUCUGUCUGCUAAGUGCACAGUGAAGUACAGGCAGAAAGAAAUGUUCUCUGAGAUACUCUUCCCCCUGACCUCCAUUUGAAUCCCACCUACCCUGUCAUGAGGGAGGACUACCCUGGUCAACGUUUUGGCCGUAAGUGAGUUAUGCAGUGAUACUUGGUGCAUGUACAGAAUCCCAGCGCCAGAUCUGCCUUAAGGGCCUGGUGUGGGUGACUGCUAUUUUUGUAGUCACCACUGUAAGGCUCCUACAACUGCUGCUAAUUUACACUUUGUACAUAGAAUUUACAGCACAGGCUGAGGCCAUUCGGCCCAACUGGUCCAUGCCAGUGUUUAUGCUCCACAUGAGCCUUCUCCCCAUCCCUACUUCUCGCCCUGUCUGCAUAACCUUUUAUUCCUUCCUCCCUCGUGUUUAUCCAACUUCUCCUUAAAUGCAUCUCGACUAUCCUCCUCAACCACUCCCUGUGUUAUCGAGUUCCACAUUCUCCCCACUCUAUGGGUAAAGAAGUUUCUCCUCAAUUCCUUGUUGGAUUUAUUAGUGGACUAUCUUACAUUGAUGGCCCCUAGUUUAUGGCUCCCCCACAAAGGGAAAUAUCUAAUCUAUCAAACCCCUAUUAUGAUUUUUACAAACCUCUAUCGGGUAACCCCUCAGCUUUCUCUUUAAGAGUUUUUAAAAUAUAGUCCCAAAUCGUGUCAGUGGAGUUACUUGAACAGUUGUAACCAUCGCCUCAAAUCUUAUCACUGAUACCUGUUUUAAAAGUCAGUUUGAAAAAAGGAAAGUAUAGCAUAUCGUUUGAAUGUUGUGUUGCAACAUCUGAGGGACAAGUUGAGCGAUGUUGGAAUGGGGAGGUUGUGUGUGAAUGUGUAAAUGGAAAGCAUACCACAGCCGCAUGCAAGCUUAAGAUUGCUUAAUUUACCCAUUAUGCGGAGUAUAAUUCAAUUUGAGGAAUAAGCAAUGCACGGUUUUAUUUCAUAGCAAAGAGACAUGCUUCAGAAUUGUAUGACUUGUGUGUUAGAAAUUCCAGCACACAAUGAAAAUUUGGUUUUAAAUAGUCUUCAAAUUGAUGGAAGUUACGGCAUUCUUUUGGCAGUUUCACAAGUGACAUCUUUGUUUCUGUGAAGAACCAAUAAUUAGCCCUUUUACUCCAUAUUCCUUGAGACUUUCUGGUUAUGCAUCAGAACCUAAUGCCCUUGGGUUCAGGUGGAUUACUGAAGGUUUUAUUCCAUUUAAAAAAAAACAAGCACCAGUGACAGAAUAAACUUUCCAAGGUAAGGUGUCUGAAGGAAAGCAUCUCUUGCAGUGACCUCCUGUGACUGCCUGUGAAUAGCUCAUGCGGCGCUAAUUGAUCUAGGGUAGUUAAUGUGACUGAAAUGCAGCCUUUUAUCUGAAGUUAUGCCAAUGUAAACACCAGCGAAGUACGAGAGUGAGAGGUACUUUGUUAUUUCUGCGGAUUCAGCACCUUAAGUUUUCACAUUUUCAUCCCAAUUCUUAAGUCAAAUGAUAUGCAACUGUACUUUUAUCCACUUUUUUAAAAGUGUAACUUGAAAAUGUUUUCACAUAAGCAGCCAGUCUAUUUUGAUAAUCUGGUAAGAUUGCAUUCCAAUUUAAGGUUAGGCAUUUUUUUUGUUUCAGGCUGCGAUCCACUUUGAAUCUUAGUGGCUGAGGGGGACAGCCACUCGUUCCUGUUUCCUCUUAACGUUAUUUUGAAGCAACCUCAUUGCCUAUUCAUACCCAUGUUAAGCACCCUUUAGCUAAAUUUUUUUUAAAAUUGACAGCACGUCAUUUUUGUAAACGUGUUAGCUGACACUUCUGUUGUCUGGACAGAUUACCUGCUGUAAGAUCAUAUGAACACUUGUCAGAAAUGUUUCCCAAUCAUUGAAUUCUGUGUCCAGUUUAAAAGAGAAAUGUGCUUCUCGUAAAAAUUAACACUGCACUGCUGGCUAAAUCAAAAAAACCCUAUUCACAGAAUAGUAUGUAACCGAGGUACUAGUUAUGGAGCCAUUUAUGUAAAGCUCAAUAAACAGAAAAUCUUCUCUGUAACUUGAAUAUCUGUUAGCAUUCCAUUCUUAAGUUAUUUUGUUUUUUUAAGUGAAUAUUUUCCACUAGUUUGCACUAUAUGAUUGGUAAUUUAAAAAGGAGGAAGGUGACAUUAGGCACUGUCUACUGAUUAUAAGCUUUAAGCUAUCACUUUUUUAUAACAAGUGCCAUGACUCAUUCUGUGUCCUUUCUUGUGGUCUUGAGCUGCACUUUCUGCCAUUGUUAUAUCCUUAUUUAGUUUGUGUGUACCUGGCUGCACUUUUGGGAGGAUUUCUUUAGUAAUUUAAACGGUACGUAAGUUGCGGUUUUGUACCUAUUCUCUCCCGUUAACCACAAUUUCUUUACAAUCAAAGGAAACUGUAAUUAUUGUAUUCUGUGCAUAAAAUGGCAAUAAAGUAGUAGGAUCAUCAGGAAACAUUCUUAAACACAGGUAUAAUGUACGGGGUGAUUCAGUUAAAAAGACAAUAUUUUUAUAUUUGUGUGUAAAGAGCUAGUAUUGCAGUAAAUCUGUCCUUUAAGAUGUUUAAUAAUGACGGGAUACUUAAAGAUGCUAAUUCAGUGUAAAUUUCAUUUUAUGUAACAUUGCUGACAGUUUAUAGUCUUGUAUAUAAUCCUUGCUUCUGUCAUUAAACAAUGUAUUGAAAUUCCUUGUAAGCUUUUAAGUGAUUUUAAAUAAAUUGUGAAUUCUGAUGCAAAGUA